AUGGGGUUGGGUGAACCCGACGGCAAGGGUGAUAGAGAUAGAAAACGGCCUGACCAUGUACACGAUGAUGGAGAGGAUCUGGACGCAGUCUUAGCAUCGCUCGAGGAGGAGGAUGACUCGGCAUACCGCGCGCAAAGGCUACAACAACUACAUACUUCCGCCACUCAUUCAAAACCUACAACUGCUUUCGAUACUGUGAAAAAGUCAUAUGUCACGCUGAAAAGCGACGACGAAGCUCUCAACUUUACUACGGAGAACGAGAGGGCCGUCGUCCACUUUUUCCACACCGACUUCGCACGAUGCAACACCAUGGACGACCAUUGCCAGCAGAUCGCACAAAAGCAUGCAGAACUCGCCGACGGGGACGUUUCGUUUGCCCGCAUCGAUGUUAAGGAUGCCCCGUUCGUGGUCGAGAAGCUGGGUGUGAGAGUGUUGCCCUGUGUCAUCGGCUUCGUGAAGGGAGUUGUCAAGGGAAAGGUUACCGGGUUCGAGGGCUUGUGCUGGGAUGGGAAAGAGGGCAGCCUCAAUGUCACACGAGCUUUGGAGGAGACGCUUGUUAGCUGGACUGUUUUGCGCAAAAGACUGCUUCUGGGUCACGAUGAUGAUGAUGAAGAGACUGAUGAUGAAAACGACAAUUACGGCCGCGACAAUGGCAGAUCAGCCAGAAAGGGUAUACGCGAUCGCCAGCAGAGGACAGAAGACGACGACGACGACGAGUGGGAUUGA